GUUGUCCGUUUCCUGCUUUCAGUUGAUGUGUGCGCAGAACAGAGAAGAGAAACUUCCUUGAAUGGAGAGCUUAGCAUUCUGACAGCGUAGAGAGGACGCAUUUCAACAAGUGCUGUACACAUGAGUUUAAGAUAAACUGGGAGAUUUAUUACGAGGACCAUGAGCCGUGGAUCUAAAACUAAAACGGAGAGCGCUUUGAGCUCUCUGCUGAGCCCACAGGAGACUGAGAAGUUGGAGGAGCUGCUGGGCAGAAGGUGUAUUUCCAUGGCCACUGCGGUAGCACAGCUGUUUAUGGCUCUGCCUCACAGCCCUUCCAUGUGGAGCUUGCAGCACACUGGAGUGGUGUGCUUCAUCAAGGACAACCCUCAGCGCUCCUACUUCAUACGCAUGUUUGAUUUGAAGACAGGGAGGCAGGUUUGGGAGCAGGAGCUCUACAACCAGAUAGUUUACUCCUCGCCUCAGCCCUACUUCCAUACCUUUGCUGCGGAUGACUGCCAAGUCGGACUGAACUUUGCAGAGCAACAGGAAGCAGAAGCCUUCCAAUAUGCUGUCGAGGAAAAAAUCAACCAGAGAAACAACCGUACAGAUAGGAAACAGCGCCCCCCGCCGCCGAGUGACAGAGGUUCCCUGCCUCCAGUCCCACAUGAAAAAGCUUCACCUGGCAGCCCUGGUUCUCUUCACAUUGCCACAGUGGACAUCCAAAACCCAGAUAUCCAUGCUUCACGCUACCGCUCUGUCCCUUCACCGGCUGCUUCCUCCCUUCUGGUCGGCAAAGGAAAGAAGGACAAGAAGAAAGGGAAAAAGGGCCCUAAACUCUCCAAAGCAGACAUAGGGGCACCCAGUGGAUUUAAGCAUGUUGGUCAUGUGGGCUUCGAUCUCAACAACCUGGACCCUGAUCUGUGGAACCUGCUCUCCCAAGCUGGGAUCAGUGAAGAUGAGCUGAAGGAUGAAAAGACCUCCCAGCUCAUCUAUAAUGUCAUCGAGCAGUCCGGAGGCAUGGAGGCAGUCAAAAGGGAGGUGCACAGAGCUGGUGGACCUCCACCCCCUCCACCUGGCAGACAAGGGCCUCUGCCCCCAGUGCCAGGCUCCAGUCCCUCUGCUCCAGCCCCUCCACCUCCGAGAGGCCGCUCUGGCCCACUGCCUCCAAUCCCAGGCCAGUCCCCGCGAGGAAUCCCGCCCCCGCAAUCGCCUCCUACACGCGGAGGCUUGCCACCCCCACCUCCGCCGACAAGCAGAGGUGGUCCUCCCCCGCCGCCGCCCCCAGCGCACUCUGCACCUUCUCACUUCCCCUCAGCGCCGUCCUCAAAGCCCUCUCCCGUCUCACCCUCUAUCUCCUCCCACAACCUGCCUCCUCCCCUGCCGCCGUCCGGCCCACAGCGCUCCGCGGGUUUCCCGCCUCCGGUCCCAUCUACACCCAGCAGAGCAGGAGGAGGCCCUCCACCUCCCCCUCCUCCGCCCCCUCCACCUUCCCAAACCAUGUCUUCAAAUUUCCCAGCUCCUUCUCGUGUUUCUGGUGGCCAACCCCCACCUCCUGUCCCUUCAUCUGAAGGAGCGGGAGAAAGCAGAGGAGCUCUGCUGGAUCAGAUCCGACUGGGGAAGAAGCUCAGAAAUGUGAUAGACAGUCCUGAUGCAGCUCCACCCACACCAUCAGAUUCAGGCGAGGGCAUCGUUGGUGCCCUCAUGAUGGUCAUGCAGAAGAGGAGUAAAGCCAUCCAUUCCUCUGAUGAAAGUGAAGAUGAGGGUGGAGAUGAAGACGACGAUGACGACGAAUGGGAUGACUGAUGACAGAAGUUCUCGUUUGCGUGGAUUUAGUUCAACUGUGAUUUUUGGUUAUAAACCUCUGAAUUGCAAUACUGGUACAUGUUUGAUUUCAGGUUCAAUAAUUGAUAAUAAAACUGGAAUAUGA